AUGGAAGAGAUUCGCUCGCUCAUCAACGAUGUACCCGCCGUAUGGCGCGAAAUGGGCCAUCUCAAGCAGGCGUUGGUGGUGCUUAAAGCCGUCGCCGACUUCACGUAUUGCGGGCUUACACCGCUGCUCUUUCUCAAGUCACAUCUUAGCCUGCGCUCUUUCACUUUGGUUCCUCUAGUGGCCGUAUGCUUCGUUGCUUCUGAUACAGCCAUGUACUUUGCCCUUUCCAAGUCCGCCGAUACGACUCAGGUAUGGAUCGGUUUGCUGCUCGUCGGCUACAGUCUCUUCUUUUUUUGGUGGGCGCAGUACACCAUGUCAAGGACACCGGGUCUCACAGCCGCCUUUUCGGACGACGAACCCACUUUUCUCAUCACACAAGGGCCUUGGGCUUUCGUGAGGAACCCGUUGUACUCGGCAUACCUUGCGUCGCUCGUUGCUGGCUUCAUCGUUACCAGCUCUUCCAAUCACCCAGACCACGGUCAUGCGUUUCUGGUGUCACAUGCAGGGGGAAUCACCUUGUCGAGCCUGGUCGUCGCUUUCAGCAUCUACUACCAGGCCAUUAGGGAGGAAGAGGCCAAGUUCCGCUCGAGUAAGCUCCGGAGCAAGCACGAGGCGUACAAGGUGAAAGUGUGGUGCCUGUUGCCGCUCACCGACGUGUUUGGACGCUGA